GAGUACCAGCACAGCCCCUUGUAACUUCUGCUUUUCCAGAUGGGCUAUCUGAAACCCGCGGUGCGGAAGUGAUUUUUACCUGAGAUCACCCAGAUGUUCUAAAGCACCUAGAACUUUUGCAACCUGCUUCCAGGAUCCUGGGGUUUUCCAGCGACCAGGCAAGCACUAUGGCCGAACAGUAGGACUGCUCAGGGCCAGCUGGAGCCGGCUGGGGCUGCCUGUUCACCCUCCUCGCCCUGCUCGCCCAGUGCUGGGGAGCGAAGGAGGAAGCCAGGGGCAGCAGACGAAGCCUGUGGUGCUCUGCCUCUGUGGUUCCUGAACGUCUGACUUGGUGUUUCUCUCGCUCUCUCUGUGUGUCUCAUUCUUGCUCACUCCAAAAAAUGACUGCACACUCCUCAAGCCUUCAUUCAGCAUCCAGGGGAAUUUUUCUCACCACAGAGGGUAAUUCCCACCCCCAUCCCUGCGGUGACUCAGCCGUGACGUUGAACCCCACUCACCAGGGAGAAGAUAAAAUCGUCAGGCUCCCGCGCGCCCUAGAGGGCGGCUUGGGGCCACCAGCUGGUUCUCCUCUCAUCACCGUCGACACAGCUGGCCCCCUCUGCCUACAGCAGUUCCUACAGCCUGCCUGCGACCUCCCUGCGCCCCCAAGAUGGCCUCGAGCUCGGCUGGCAGCCCCCACCCAGCCCCCGAUGAGAACGAGUUUCCCUUUGGGUGUCCCCCGACCGCCUCCCAGGACCCGUCGGAGCCCAGGGCCCUUUGCUGCACAGUCUGCCUUCCAGAAAACCUGAGGAACAGCGAGGACCGGAUCUGUCUCGCCUGCAAAGGGGACGAUCUCCAGUCUGCGAGCCCAGGAAGCCUGCGGACACAGGAGAAGCUUCUUCCAGAGGUGGCUGAGGCUGGAGCCGGGUGCCCCUUCGCAGGCGUCGGCUGCUGCUUCAAGGGGAAUGCAGAAUCCUUGCAAGAGCACGAGGCCACCUCCCAGGCCUCCCAUCUUAACCUAUUGCUGGGAUUCAUGAAGCAGUGGAAGGCUCAGCUGGGCUCUGGCCUGGGGUCCGGGCCCAUGGCCUUGGAGCGGAACCUGUCAGACUUGCAACUGCAGGCUGCCGUGGAGGUGGCGGGUGACCUGGAGGUGGACUGCUACCGGGCACCCUGCUCCGAGAGCCAAGAGGAGCUGGCCCUGCAGCACUUCAUGAAGGAGAAGCUCCUGACCGAGCUGGAGGGGAAGCUGCGUGUGUUUGAGAACAUCGUCGCUGUCCUCAACAAGGAGGUGGAGGCCUCCCACCUGGCACUGGCCGCCUCCAUCCACCAGAGCCAGCUGGACCGCGAACGCAUCCUGAGCUUGGAGCAGAGGGUGGUAGAGCUGCAGCAGACCCUGGCUCAAAAAGACCAGGCCCUGGGCAAGCUGGAGCAGAGCCUGCGUCUCAUGGAGGAGGCCUCCUUCGAUGGCACCUUCCUGUGGAAGAUCACCAACGUCACCAGGCGCUGUCACGAGUCAGCCUGCGGCAGGACCGUCAGCCUCUUCUCCCCAGCUUUCUACACAGCCAAGUAUGGCUACAAGUUGUGCCUGCGCCUGUACCUGAACGGAGACGGCACAGGCAAGAGAACCCACCUGUCUCUCUUCAUUGUGAUCAUGAGAGGGGAGUACGACGCUCUGCUGCCGUGGCCCUUCCGGAACAAGGUCACCUUCAUGCUGCUCGACCAGAACAACCGGGAACAUGCGAUUGAUGCCUUCCGGCCAGACCUCAGCUCAGCUUCCUUCCAGAGGCCCCAGAGCGAAACAAACGUGGCCAGUGGCUGCCCACUCUUCUUCCCCCUCAACAAGCUACAGUCCCCCAAGCAUGCCUAUGUGAAGGACGACACCAUGUUCCUCAAGUGCAUCGUGGAGACCAGUACUUAGGCAGGCGGGCAGGUGGGGCUCCUCGGGGAGUUCAAGAGGAUGACUGUGCCAUCUGCCCUUGACGUGUAAGAUCCUGGAACACAGAACUAAACUGGCACUCACAGGACCAGCAGGUUGACCAGCUGGCCAUCUGCUCACCUAAAUGGGCAAUGCUAUUCCUUGUAGUUCUAACCACAGCACUUGGAGGCCUUGGAGCCACCCCAGCCCUGACUGUUGAGCUGGACUUGACCCAAGAUGGGGACAGAAUGGGACCCAGCCUGGGGCGCAACUAGUGAAUCGGAGCUGUAGGGUCUAGGUGGAGAAGCUCCUGGGAAGGCACGUCUCUGUAGGGACUCCAGAGAGAACCAGCCGUGAGUUUGCUCUCUUCCUGCUCAGGGUGCCAGUGUGGCCUCAGUCCAUCCAAGCCUGGACCAACUUGUCUGUCCUGGAAGCAAGCAAGCUGAUCCAGGGGGCUGCGCUGGGAGGUGGGGAGGCCCUUGCACAGAAUUCAGAUUUGAAGACCUCCACUGCUCUCUUCAGUCCAGAAAGCUUAACUCAAGGUCUUUGUGCUGCAGGGGUUCUGAACACACACAGGAACCUCAGCCGUUAGGUUCCCCCCUCAAUUCCGGGACCACCAGGCAGGCUGAGCUGGGCUGUGGCACACCUGCAACCCCGGGCCUGGCAGCUCAGUUUCCUGAACACAGGGUCCAUGCCAGUCCCUGCAUCCAGUCCCUCCUGGAGUAGAGCACCUUCGCACAUCAUCCAGGUGGGACCCAGGAGCUUGUCCAGAGCUCCCGGGAGCUGGAAAGAGGGUGUAGGCAAAGAUAUGGACUUGUCGCCCACCCUGCUUGGAGGCCCUACCUUUUGUGCUUGCCACAAUUCCACAUCAGCCAUCCACUGAGAACCAGGGCACUCACCUCCCAA